AUGAUCCACGGCAAGAAAGUUCCGAAGGAUCAAGUGAGGGUGAGGGUGGAUAGGAUUUGUAGUGGUCAAGGUGGUAUACCAGUGUCCAACCUUACUAAUGAGUUUCGACUACUGGCUCAGGCUAAAGAAAAUUUCACUUUAUGGCCAAGAGGACUUGUUGGAAAGCUAGUAGCAACGAAGAAGGUGACAGUGAAGAAGACAAUAAAGAGCUCAUUAGAUCCUAUCCUCUUGCCUCUUCCUGAUCACAUUGGGGUUAUGUAUAGAAGUUUAGCGCUUCUUCAUUCCAUGGUGGCAACGAUGGAGAAUCCCCUUACUUUCAAGAUGCCGUUGGGGAUUGUAGGUUCAGAUGUAACAUAUGACUUCACUAUUGACAAGAAGGACCUCGUUCAGUUCCUCAACUUUGAGGAGCUGGAUGUAGUCUUCAUGCAGUUAGCUAUUUUGGCUUUUCAUAGUUUCAAUGUUGUGGCCAAGCAGCAACAUAGGCAACCACUAAGAUGGUUUCUCCCACAAGCAUUCCAAGAUAGUGUGCCAUAUGACAUGAAGGAAAUCAAUUUGUUUCUUUGUGAUGUUCUCUUCAUCUGUGGCUUCUAUGAGGAAGCAAAUGGUUUUUUAAACAAGAAAGCCAGCCUCACUAAGCAAAGCCAAUUUAUCUUGUCUUCUUGGAAUGACACUGAUCCUUGCGGUCAAUGGAAAGGAAUUACUUGUGAUGUAUCCACGACCGUCUCCACCAUAAAUCUUACUAAUCUGGGAAUACAAGGUACACUUCGCAGUUUCAAUUUCUCAUCCUUCUCUAAACUCCAAGUUUUAGAUACUGGUUACAAUAAGUUUUCUGGAACUAUUCCCAGCCAAAUUGGCAAUUUCUCCAGUAUUCUUAUAUUGUAUAUGGAUCAUAAUUUCUUGAGUGGCUUCAUCCCUCCAGAAAUAGGAAACUUGACUGCUUUAAAUGUGCUUGGAAUUGGUGUGAAUAAUCUUGCUGGGAGAAUUGCCAAAGAAGUUGGGAACUUGAGGAAUUUGAGAUCAUUAUCUCUUUACACGAAUCAUCUGUCAGGUCCCAUUCCCCAGGAAAUUGGAAUGCUGAGUAGUCUCAAAAAAUUAUCCUUGUAUGAAAAUACUUUCUUAACUGGAGGAAUCCCUUCUUCACUAGGAAAUUUGACCAAAUUGAAAUUUCUUUAUCUCUAUGAAAAUAGACUGUCAGGUUUCAUUCCUUGUGAGUUUGCAAAUCUCCAUUCUCUCACCGAAUCAGAUUUGUCAGAAAACAACUUGUAUGGGCCAAUACCAAUCUCCAUUAUUGGAAACUUGACAAAUUUGAUUUGGUUAGGUUUUGGGGACAACAAACUUUUAGGACCAAUUCCUUCCUCUCUAGGAAAUUGGGUGAAUUUAGAAACUAUCGACCUUCGUUAUAACUCUCUUUCGGGAUCAAUUACAUCUACCAUAGGAAAUUUGACCAAACCAGAAGGAAUCACCCUUGCCAGUAACUCUCUUUCUGGAACCAUUCCAUCUACUAUAGGAAAUUUGAAACACCGCAAUUCCCUAGAAUUAAGAUGGAACAAACUCAAUGGGAGCCUUCCGAUAGAGAUGAAUAAUCUCACCCGCUUGAAGACUUUACAAAUUCGUGGGAAUCAGUUGACUGGCCAUUUGCCACAAAAUAUUUGCUUUGGUGGAUCACUUGAAGCUUUGGGUGCUGCUGAAAACAAAUUCACUGGUCCAAUUCCAAGAACCUUGAAAAAUUUCUCUAGCCUUAUUAGACUCAUACUUCAUGAUAACCAAUUGGUUGGAAAUAUAACAAGUGAUUUUGGUAUGUAUCCAUAUCUGAAAUACAUCAAUUUGAGUGGCAAUAAAUUAUAUGGCCACAUUUCAUCGUUGUGGGGAAAAUGUCCAAAGCUUACGACGUCCAUCAUUUCAAACAACAUUUCUGGCAGUAUACCUCCAGAAAUAGGACAGGCAACCAAUCUUGGGGAAAUCAAUGUUUCUUCAAAUCACUUGACAGGAGAAAUUCCAAAAGAAUUGGGGAAGAUGAUCUCAUUGAUCAAACUUUCUCUCGGUCAUAACCAAUUUUCAGGGAGAUUCCUAUAG